UUGUUGAUAUAAAAAGCUUCGAGCGCCAUAAAUUUUGAUGUAUGAACUGCUAUUAAAUAGUGUCUUUCUAAAAAUCAUAUUUAAUAAUCACAAAGAACUUAAAAAGAAUAUUUAUUCUUUUCUAUUGUCAUUAUAUUAAUCACAUGAAAUUCCAAUUGUUUCGUUGUUGGUUACCCUGCAUCUCGACGUAAAACUUCCUUGAUCAUCAAUAAUCAUCGUCUAUUAUUGAAUUCUUAAUAAUACAAAAUUGUAGUGUCUUGGAUUUCUAUUUAUGUACAAAAUUAAGUGAAAGGUCUCCAAUUUUCUUUAAAAGAAAAACGCCUGAUCUUUGAGUUCGACCAACUUUUCUGUUUCCUUAUGAGUUUUCCGAAACCUAUUAGCUUUUAAAUAUGAAAGUUGCAAUCUGUGGAGGUGGAAUUGCUGGAUUAAGUACUGCAUUCUAUUUAUCCAGGUUAAUUCCAACAUGUCAAAUUGAUUUAUAUGAACAAGGCUCAAGGUUAGGAGGUUGGCUUCAAUCUGUCAAGAUACCCACUUCAUCAUCUCCUACAGGAAACGUCUUAUUCGAACAAGGACCGAGGACUCUACGCCCUUCUGGUUUGGCUGGUUUGGCAACAGUGGACUUGUUGAAGCAAUUGAAGAUGGAAGAAAACAUCAAGCCAAUUUUAAAAGAUUCACCAAGUGCAAAGAACAAAUACAUAUACUACCCAAACAGAUUGAAUGCCAUCCCGUCUGGUGCAUUCCAAGCUCUUAAAUCUGUAACACAACCAGCUCUUCGAGUAGUACCCUUUGCGCUUUUGCGAGACCUUUUUCAAAAAAGAAAACUAGAUAUCGAAGAUGAAAGUAUUGGGUCUUUUAUGGAACGGCGAUUUGGGAAAAUGUUUACUCAUCGAUUAAUGAGCUCACUGAUAAAUGGAAUUUAUGCUGGUGACUUACAUUCUUUGUCUCUACGAUCUACUAUGUUUGGAUUUUUAGCAGAUGUUGAAAGAAAAUAUGGAAGCAUUAUUCUAGGAAUAAUUCUGGCUUCAAUUCGAGGAGAAUUGUUGACUGAAAAACAAAAACUACUAAGGGCUUCUUUACUAAAGAAUCAAGGUACAAAAGAACUUUUCCAAUCUUUACGGUCUUCUUCAAUGAUCUCCCUAGAGAACGGAAUUGAAAGCAUAGCCUCCAACUUAAAUGCCUUUCUUGAUGCUUCCUCAAACGUAAGCAUUCGUUUCAACCAGCCGGUUACAAAACUAGCCCUAUCCGAUUCAGGUGAUAAAAUUGAUGUUAACAAUUGUCGGUAUGAUUACGCAGUCUUUGCCAUGUCUUCAAAUCAAUUAUCACAGUUAUUGCCUUCCCCUCCUAUGAGCACUCCAACUAGUAGUGUUUAUGUUGUGAACUUAUUUUACCAGGAUGCCUCUAUGUUAAACCAUAAAGGAUUUGGAUAUUUGGUACCCCUUCAUUUACCCAAUAACCCAAACCAUAUUUUAGGUGUCGUUUUUGACAGUGAACAAAACAAUCCCGAGCAAGGGACCAAACUUACCGUCAUGAUGGGAGGUUCUAGUUAUGCAAAGGACCCAAAGUGUAUCCCAACAACGCCAGAUGAAGCCGUCAGCUACGCAACAGAGGCUGUGAAGCAAUCCUUAGGUAUUCAUAUUUCUCCUGAUCUUGCAAACGCAACUUUACAACAAAAUUGUAUUCCCCAAUACAAGGUAGGUCAUCAACUUCACUUGGAUAAUGUUCAGUCUUGGAUUAAAGAGAAUCUCCAAGGACGACUUUACCUUACUGGAAGCUGGUUCAACGGAGUUAGUAUAGGAGAUUGCAUUUUAAAUGGUUACAAAACGGCCCAAGAAAUUUCCCUAAAAGGUCAAUAAAUCUCAUAGUUUACAUUAUGUCACUAAAUUAAUGACAACCUUAUAGUUUAAAAUAUAGUUAUUCAAUAACAUUUCGUAUUCUAAAGGCUA